AUGGCUAAUCGGGCACCAAAAUCCGGUGUUGCACUGGAAGAAAUGCGGAAAUUGCAGUCAAAAUUCGAUCCCAAGUUGGCCAAUGAGCUGUUAAAAUGGAUUUCUGCAACAACUGGCGAAGAGUUUGAUGUGGAUGGAGAUGUUGCAAAUUUUCAAAAAGUGCUUUCUGAUGGAACGUUGCUUUGCAAGUUAGCAAAUGCCCUUAAACCAGGCUCGGUUAAGAAGAUAAAUACUAGCAAAAUGGUAUUCAAGCAGAUGGAGAACAUAUCGUUCUUCAUAGAAUUUGCGGCAACUGCUGUAGAUAAGACGGAGUUGUUUCGCUCCGUGGAUUUGGUUGAAGGAACAGAUCUUUAUGGAGUUUUAAUGUGCCUUGCAGCUGUCGCUAGGAAGUGUGAAAAACUGUUUGGAAAACCUGGACUUGGACCUAAAGAAGCCACAGCGCAAAAACGCGAGUGGACUGCUGAACAACUACGUGGUGGGGACACAAUAAUUGGUCUUCAGAUGGGAUCAAAUAAAGGUGCAAAUGCGGCAGGAAUUAAUUUUGGGAACACUCGACAUAUGUAA